CGGCUUGUUGUCACCGUUAUUUCUCCAGCGCAUGCGCGCUGCUGCCUGUUUCCUGCUUCUAAAUGAGUACCUGUGCAGCUCUCUGACCCACCUCUAUCGACACUUGUGUAUGUGUGUGUGCGUGCGACCAGGAAUAUCUGCGUUUUUUCUCUCCCUCCCAGCCCCGCUCCCUCACCUAGUGACGCCACACUCCCGUUAUUUCAGGGCGCUGUGGGCGAUAUCCGUCUGUACCUGACCUGGUAGCUCACCUGAGCGGACUCACCUGUCCCGACGCCGAAAAGACUUUUCUUUAGAGCUCGAAAACAAAUCUGACUGAGAGGAAAGGUGUGCUGAAAGGAGGCGAAAAAGCGGGACGAGGCUUGCGAAACGAGAAGAAAGGUGCGAAGAGGAGGAAGAAGGAGAAGAGGGGACCGACCUUCCAGUUUUUCCUCUCGGUUUCCUGCUUUUUUUUUUUUUUUUGGUCCCUUUUACCGUGACUUUACGUCGCCACAGCGGCUUUCCCUGCACACCGCUUUCUCUGAAAGGGACUUUGUGUUGACUGAGCAUGCCGAGGGCCUUUCUGGUUAAAAAGGCGAACGUUUCGCCGGGAAAGCGGAACUGGAGUGAACUCCCCGAUCAUGAACGAGGGGACGUCUACAUCCCAGUCUCCAUCUUUCCUCCGUCCGUCCUGAUGAUGGAGGUGGAGGCCAGCCCCGCUGAGACGACGCAGACGACGACGCCCCUCUGUCUCACCAAAUACUCUACCAUUGACGCACAAACGCGCCCGGAGCUGCCCUCCAGCACGGUGCUCGGCAGACCCCAGAGCCCGGUAGGUUUACCCGGCGGGAGGUCAGAGAUCAAGAGGAGGCCGCAGGGCAGCUCCACGUACAUCCGAGCCAAAAUAAAGGUAACUACAGGCGAGUUACCCCCAGAUCCAGCUCCCCUUGCUCUGGCUCUUCCUCUCAUUCCCACUCCACAACCAUUAGCUGCACUUAACACUGUGAGUCCUUCUGUGCCGACCCCACCUCCCCCAGAGCCGGUCUCAAUGGUGACCAGAUCCACGGGUCAAAGUCAAAGUGGGUCGACGGGAGCGUUCGUGUGCCAGGUCUGCCAGAAGACUUUCCAGUACCAGCGGAUGUUGAACAGACACGUCAAGUGUCACAACGACACAAAGAGACACCUGUGCAGCUUCUGCGGCAAAGGCUUCAAUGACACCUUCGACCUCAAAAGACACGUGCGCACGCAUACAGGCGUCCGUCCAUACAAGUGCAACUUCUGCGACAAGGCCUUCACCCAGCGCUGCUCUCUGGAGUCUCACAUGAAGAAGAUCCACAGCAUCACCCUGAAGUACGCCUACAAGGAGCGACGCAACAAGCUGUACGUGUGCGAGGAGUGCGGCCACACAGCGGCAACUCAGGAUGCGCUGCUCAUCCAUCUCCACUCGCUUCACCCUGACAGCCCCCUGCUGAAGAGCAAGGCCGCGAGGAGAGUGGGAGGAAGAGACGGAGGGUCGGUUGGAGGAUCCAUUCCUGGUUCUCCGCGGGGAGCGGACGAAAGCGACGAUACCACCGGAUCGGCUGAGCAGUAAAGGGAGCAGAUAUAGAAGAUACUCAGAAAUGAACUCAGGGGGGAUCGAUGAAGGACUGUGUUGAAUGAAGAGGUGACUGUUUGAGCCAGGAUGCAUAGCCAUGGGAGAAAGAAAGCUACUGAUUGCACUGUAUAGGUGUGCAUAUUUACAUGUGUGUGUGUGUGUUUGGAUUUGGGCAUCUACUGUAAAUAACUCAGUGGAAUAAUGCAUUAAAGAAGAUUAAGUCUGACUUUUACAAAAAGCUGUUGGGGUACUCUAGCUACUUUGCCUGGAGUAAAGUGCCAGAGCAGAGUAACAUCAAACUUUUAAAUAGAGGAAACCGUGUUUUGAAGUUGCUGCAGAUCAAACUUGUUGCAACACACCCCGCUGGUACUCGCCUCUGCUGACCAGGAGUACUCACAAAAACACGGUGCCGUUUAGGUGGUCGUGUAUCAGGCCUUUCCCAUAGACUGUAUAGUAAAGAUGGACAUGGCCACUUUUUUUCGUUUUGUUUUUUUUAUUAAGUGUGUCCAUAAAAUGUUAUGGUGAAGAAGAAUUGAAAGUGUUUACUAAGAUCUCAGAAAAAUGAGAAAUGUUUUUUUUGUUUUCAUAGACUUCCGUGCAUUCAGGCUUGUUUUGCAACCUGCUGGUCGUUUCAAAGACUGCAGGUGUCAGGGGUUUCACCAAAUUCCAGCAACCUGAUUUACGAGAAGACCGGUCCUAAUGUUUUGGCUCAUCUGUGGCAUUUAAAUGUGGCAUUUUGAUCUGCAUGAGAAUCGCUAUCAUAGAUAAGAUAUUUUUACACAUUUGUUUUGCAUGUGAAUAUUAUCAGUGGGUUUAUAUGUACAGCAAGAAAAUAUGAAAAUGUGCUUUUUAAAAAAAAAAAAACUUUAUCCAUUAAAGGGACUAAUAUAUUACAA